AUGGACAGAUACCAAAGUGCUGAUGGGGAUGUUAAGUAUCUUAAAGAUAUUAAAGAGCUUAUGCGGCCAGAACGGAAUACUUUAUGUGUGAACUUCACCGAUCUAGAAUAUUAUAAUCAGCAGCUAGCAACAACCAUUCAGGAAGAGUUUUACAGAAUUUAUCCAUAUAUUUGCCGAGCUGUGCGCAACUUUGCCCGAGAUCAAGGAAACAUCCCUGCUUCAAAAGAGUUCUAUGUGGCUUUUCAAGACUUUCCUGCCAGACAGAAAAUUCGAGAACUUACAGCUGCGAAGAUUGGGACGUUGUUACGCAUUAGUGGGCAGGUGGUACGAACACACCCUGUUCAUCCCGAGUUGGUUGCUGGUACUUUCCUUUGUAUGGACUGCCAGUCAGUUAUCAAAGAUGUGGAACAGCAGUUCAAGUACAGUCAGCCAACUGUCUGUAAGAACCCAGUUUGUGCUAAUCGCCGCAGGUUUAUAUUGGAUACCAGCAAGUCUCGUUUUGUGGAUUUUCAGAAGGUACGAAUUCAAGAAACACAGGCUGAACUUCCUCAAGGUAGCAUUCCACGUAGUGUGGAGGUGAUAAUGAGAGCAGAGGCUGUGGAAAUGGCUCAGGCUGGAGACAGAUGUGACUUUACUGGUACACUUAUUGUAGUCCCAGAUGUUAACCAACUAUCUACACCAGGUACGAGAGCGGAGACAAGUACUCGCGUUUCAGGGGUGCAGGGGUCUGAACUUGAUGGCAUACAGGGCCUGAAAGCUUUGGGAGUUCGUGAUCUUUCCUACAGACUGGCUUUCUUGGCUUGUUACGUAGCGCCUACUGAUCCCCGGUUUGGUGGCUCAGUGUACAGAGAGGAACAGACCGCAGAAAGCAUCAAAAAGCAGAUGACUCUGCAGGAGUGGGAAAAAGUGUUUGAAAUGAGUCAGGAUAAAAAUCUGUAUCACAAUAUUUGCACCAGCCUUUAUCCUACAAUUCAUGGUAGUGAUGAAAUUAAGAGGGGAAUCUUACUGAUGCUGUUUGGAGGAGUUGCAAAGACUACAAAAGAUGGUAUUUCUCUUCGUGGUGAUAUUAAUAUCUGUAUUGUUGGUGACCCCAGCACGUCCAAGAGCCAGUUUCUUAAACACGUGGAAGAGUUCAGUCCUCGAGCUGUCUACACUAGUGGGAAAGCCAGCAGCGCUGCUGGUUUAACUGCGGCUGUAGUAAAGGAUCAAGAGUCAUAUGGAUUUGUAAUCGAGGCUGGUGCUUUGAUGUUGGCUGAUAAUAUUAAAUUGAAGAAAGUCUUCCACUUUAAGCUAUGA